AACUCUUGCACAGAUGUCAUGCCAAACAUUGGCGAACAGGAAGGAAAUUUUAAAAAUCAUCACAAGUGGCGUUGAUGAGACUCUUUCUUGCCUUUGAAGAAUCGAUAUUCUUCAAACUCUUCUCUCUUAGCGUAAAAAAAAAUCUGUGUAUGUAUACACACAGACAGAUAGACAAACAGAUAAUAAAGGAAUACAAAACUAUACAAGAAGUUCUCCUUUCUGCAUCUAAUGUGGUAGCAACCUCUCUCUGGUUGUUUCUGCCAUAAAUAAAAAAAAUGUAAUUACAACAACAGCACCAGGCUUCCUGGUAAGGCUUGUCACUGCUUGCCUGUGAGUGGACAUGAGUGAUCCACGUCAGUCCCAGGAAGAGACGCACCAGUUCACCAGAGCCUCUUCAAAGUUUAAGGAUUCUCCACGCACCAUGCAGUCGGAUGAUUAUUUUGCUCGAAAAUUUAAGGCCUUGAAUGGCAACAUGGGUCCUCCGACAUCUUUGAAUGUUUCGAAUGUCAGUGAAAGUGGGGGUCCAGCUAACGGCACACCAGCUAUGCCCAAAAUGGGCGUUAGAGCAAGGGUAUCUGAAUGGCCACCCAAGAAGGACUGCUCUAAGGAGAUGAGUUGCAAGGCAUUAUGGGAGAGCCGAUCACAAGCCAGUUAUGAAACUGCGGUGGCGGCGGCGGCCAUGCAGAAUGGACAAAAUGACCAGGGGGAUGGGCAGCAAGAGGAACAGCUUGAUAUAGAAUUUGCAGAGACCAAGUACACCAUAGGGGAUAUCUUUAUUCAUUCUCCACAGCGAGGAGGACUUCACCCCAUAAGGCAGAGAAGCAAUAGUGAUGUCACCAUCAGUGACAUUGACGCUGAAGACGUCUUAGACCAGAAUGCUGUUAACCCGAAUACUGGGGCAGCCCUACAUAGGGAAUAUGGAAGCACUUCUUCUAUCGAUAGGCAAGGCUUAUCGGGGGAAAACUUUUUUGCGAUGCUCAGAGGGUACAGAGUAGACAAUUAUGAACACAAAGCUCUCACCCCAUUUGGGUUUCCUGAGUUCUUCCACUGUGAUCCUACAAUCUCUCCUAGCCUUCAUGCUGCGGCACAGAUUUCUAGAGGAGAAUUUGUCCGUAUCUCGGGGUUAGAAUACAUGGACAAUGCCCUGCUGAUGGGAAGAGACAGGGAAAAGAAUUUCAAGCGGAGAUUAAAAUCAGAAUCAGUGGAAACAUCCCUUUUCCGGAAGCUGCGAACUGUCAAAAGUGAGCAUGAAACUUUCAAAUUCACGUCCGAUCUGGAGGAGAGUCGGCUUGAGAGGAGCAUUCGCCCGUGGAAUUGUCAGAAGUUUGCACAUUAUGAUGUCCAGAGCAUUUUGUUUAAUAUCAAUGAAGCCAUGGCUACAAGGGUUAAUGUGGGGAAAAGAAAAAACAUAACCACUGGCGCUUCAGCAGCCUCGCAGACUCAGAUGACAACAGGCCAGGCAGGAAACUGUGAAUCUCCUUUGGGAAGCAAGGAGGAUCUCAACUCCAAGAACCUCGAUGCUGAUGAGGGGGAUGGGAAAAGCAAUGACCUUGUGCUGAGUUGUCCCUAUUUCAGGAAUGAAACAGGUGGGGAGGGAGACAGAAGGAUUGCACUUUCUAGGGCGAGCUCAGCUUCUUCCACUACAGGCGAAAGCUGUUCCUUUGAGUCCUCCCUCAGCUCCCACUGCACAAAUGCAGGUGUUUCGGUUUUGGAGGUGCCAAGAGAAAACCAGCCAAUUCACAGGGAGAAAGUAAAACGUUACAUCAUAGAACACAUUGACCUUGGAGCCUACUAUUACCGUAAAUUUUCUUUGGGAAAGGAGCACCAAAACUACUUUGGAAUAGAUGAAAAUCUGGGCCCUGUCGCAGUAAGCAUCCGGAGAGAGAAGCUUGAAGAAACUAAGGAAAAAGAAGGGUCCCAAUUCAACUAUCGGGUAGCUUUCAGGACCAGUGAGCUUACAACUCUUCGAGGAGCAAUUUUAGAAGAUGCCAUACCUUCCACGGCAAGACAUGGCACAGCACGAGGGCUGCCUCUCAAAGAGGUUCUCGAGUAUGUCGUCCCGGAGCUGAGCAUUCAGUGCCUGAGGCAGGCUUUGAACUCCCCCAAAGUCUCUGAACAGCUACUCAAGCUUGAUGAACAAGGGCUGAGCUUUCAACACAAGAUUGGGAUCCUUUAUUGCAAAGCAGGCCAGGGCACUGAGGAAGAGAUGUAUAACAAUGAGACAGCAGGACCUGCUUUUGAAGAAUUCCUGGAUCUCCUGGGCCAAAGAGUACGGCUGAAAGGUUUUAGCAAAUACCGAGCUCAGCUAGAUACUAAAACUGAUUCCACAGGAACCCAUUCUCUCUAUACCACCUAUAAAGAUUAUGAAGUAAUGUUUCAUGUGUCCACUAUGCUACCCUAUAUGCCCAAUAAUAGGCAACAGCUCCUAAGGAAAAGGCACAUAGGAAAUGACAUCGUUACCAUUGUCUUCCAAGAGCCUGGAGCGCUUCCUUUUACUCCAAAAAAUAUCCGAUCUCAGUUUCAGCACGUCUUUGUUAUUGUCAAGGUGCACAAUCCUUGCACUGAAAAUGUGUGUUAUAGUGUUGGAGUUUCAAGAUCAAAAGAUGUGCCACCAUUCGGUCCACCCAUUCCCAAAGGCGUGACUUUUCCAAAAUCAGCAGUUUUUAGGGACUUCCUAUUAGCCAAAGUUAUCAAUGCUGAAAAUUCAGCCCACAAGUCAGAAAAGUUUCGAGCUAUGGCCACCCGAACAAGGCAGGAAUACUUGAAAGAUCUGGCAGAAAACUUUGUUACUACAGCUACAGUGGAUACCUCCGUUAAGUUCAGUUUCAUUACAUUGGGCGCGAAGAAAAAGGAGAAAGUAAAACCAAGGAAGGAUGCUCAUUUAUACAGCGUUGGGGCUAUCAUGUGGAAUGUCAUAGCACGAGACUUUGGCCGGUCUGCAGACAUUGAAUGUCUCCUAGGAAUCUCCAAUGAAUUUAUCAUGUUGAUUGAAAAGGAGUCCAAGAACGUUGUGUUUAACUGUUCCUGCAGAGAUGUUAUUGGAUGGACAUCUGGAUUAAUGAGCAUCAAAGUGUUUUACGAAAGAGGAGAAUGUAUUCUUCUGUCUACAGUGGAUAAUUGUACUGACGACAUAAGGGAAAUUGUUCAGAGAUUAGGAAUAGUGACCCGAGGAUGUGAAACCGUGGAAAUGACAUUGCGGAGGAAUGGGCUGGGCCAACUGGGCUUCCAUGUCAACUUUGAAGGAAUUGUAGCAGAUGUGGAACCCUUUGGCUUUGCUUGGAAGGCUGGCCUACGCCAAGGCAGCCGCCUCGUCGAGAUCUGCAAAGUAGCCGUAGCCACCCUGACUCACGAGCAGAUGAUUGAUCUGUUACGUACUUCUGUGACAGUCAAGGUAGUCAUCAUUCAGCCUCAUGAAGAUGGAUCUCCCAGAAGGGGUUGUUCUGAGCUCUGCCGAAUCCCCAUGGUGGAAUAUAAACUGGACAGUGAAGGUACCCCCUGUGAGUACAAAACCCCUUUCAGGAGGAAUACGACUUGGCAUCGGGUCCCUACUCCUGCUGGGCAGCCUCUGUCUCGUGCCUCCCCAAUCCUGGGAACAUCUGACCGGCUGCCCUGCCAGCAGCUUCUCCAACAGGCUCAGACAGCUAUUCCUCGCAGCACGUCCUUUGACAGAAAGUUGCCAGAUGGCACAAGAAGUUCACCAAGCAACCAGUCAUCUUCCAGUGACCCAGGACCCAGCGGGAGUAGCCACUGGAGACAGCAAGUGGGAUAUGACGGGUGCCAGUCUCCUCUACUUCAUGAACACCAGAGUUCCGGUCCACUGGAGUGUGAAGGAGCCAGGGAACGAGAAGAAAUUAUGGAAGGAACUAGACUUUCUGAAACCAAGUGGCAUGGACCACCUUCCAAAGUCUUGAGCUCCUAUAAAGAGAGAGCCCUGCAGAAAGAUGGAAGUUGCAAAGAUUCCCCGAAUAAGCUUUCUCAUAUUGGAGACAAAAAUUGUUCCAGUCAUUCUAGCAGUAAUACCCUCUCAAGUAACACAUCCAGCAACAGUGAUGAUAAGCACUUUGGCUCUGGAGACCUCAUGGACCCUGAGUUGCUGGGAUUAACCUAUAUCAAAGGGGCCUCCACCGAUAGUGGCAUCGACACAACCCCCUGCAUGUCAACCUCAAUGAUGGGCCCUCUGCAUCUGACGGGCAGCAGGUCCAUGAUGCACAGUCGGGCGGAGCAGUGGGCUGACUCUGCAGAAGUGCCCGGCUCUGAGGAGGAGCAGGCUAAGCUCUAUGCCGUUCACAGCUAUCCAUCUGCCAUCUCUGUCAGUAAUACCGCGGAAGGCAGCAUGGGUGACCUCAGUGAAAUAUCUUCUCAUUCCAGUGGUUCGCACCAUUCAGGAAGCCCUUCAGCACACUGUUCUAAAAAUAGUGGAUCUUUAGACACCUCCAAAGUCUAUAUAGUAUCACACAAUAGUGGCCAACAGGUUACUGGGUCAUUGUCCAAAUCCUACCACAGGCAAGGAGCAGUCAGCAAAUAUGUUAUUGGAUGGAAGAAAUCAGAAGGCAGUCCCACACCCGAAGAGUCUGAAGUGAAUGAAUGUCAGGGAAUGUAUAGUGAUAUGGAAGCCAUGUCCACAUCGAGUCAACAUCAGACUGUGGUUGAGGAUGCCGUUUCUGAAACCCAACAUGUCCUGUCCAAAGAAGAUUUUUUGAAGUUAAUGCUUCCCGGCAGCCCUUUGGUGGAGGAGGGCCGAAGAAAGUUUUCAUUUUAUGGGAACCUGUCUCCAAGAAGGUCCCUGUACCGCACACUCUCUGAUGAGAGUAUUUGCAGUAACCGCAGAGGAUCUUCCUACGGCAGCUCGCGGAGUUCCAUCCUUGACCAAGCCUUGCCCAAUGACAUUUUGUUCAGCACCACCCCACCCUACCAUAGCACGCUCCCGCCUCGGACCAACCCGGCACCAGGCAUGGGAAGCCUGAGAAAUGAGUUCUGGCUCUCCGAUGGGUCCUUAUCGGAUAAGUCCAAAUUCACUGAUCCAGGUCUGAUGCCCCUCCCAGACACUGCCACAGGGUUAGAUUGGUCCAACCUUGUGGAUGCUGCACGGGCAUUUGAAGGUCUUGACUCAGAUGAAGAGCUUGGUCUGGUCUGUCACCACACGGCCUAUCUAGAUCAGAGAGUAGCAUCCUUCUGCACCCUGACAGAUAUGCAGCAUAUGCAGGGCUUGGAGGGAACCCAGGAGUUAUCUUUAUGUGUAGACCCAGCCAAUGGGAAAGAUUUCCUGGAUACAGAUGGGGAGCGUUCUCCAUCAACUUUGACUGGAAAGGUUAAUCAGCUAGAACUGAUUCUUCGACAACUUCAGACUGACCUCCGGAAGGAAAAACAGGACAAAGCUGUUCUCCAGGCCGAAGUUCAGCACUUGAGACAGGACAACAUGAGACUUCAGGAAGAAUCCCAAACAGCAGCAGCUCAACUGAGAAAAUUUACGGAAUGGUUUUUUAACACCAUCGAUAAGAAAUCUUAACUUCCAGAUAUCUAGCCAGGAACCGCUGUUGGCGCUCCUAUCCAUUGAAGUAGCAAAAAUCUGAUUUUUAACUGUGCUUACAAUCAGUUUUUAGAUGUUUCCGCUAUUUCCGCUCUGUCCAACACCAUUCA